AAGUAAAGUCCUUGGUAGGAAUUGCUCUGUCAGACUGGAGACAAUGCAUGUGAGCAUGGAGAGUGGCAUGUGUAGGGUUGGUCUCAAUACAUACAAGUUCCGAAUGUGUCUCCUAAACUACCAAGACAAACAUGUCAACAAUGAAAUUUAUAGAUCAACUCCGCAAAAAGACGAAAAUAUGCAUAUGGGAACAAAUUCCAAAUCACCUAGUAAGAAAAGUAUUAAAGUCCAAGAAAAACGAUACAAAUGUGACCUCUGCAAUUAUGCUACUGAUGAAAAAUAUAGGCUUAAAGUACAUGGAAAGGUGCACAGUGGUGAAAAACCCUACAAAUGCAAACUCUGCAGUUACUCCACUGCCUAUAAAGCUCACUUGCAAAUUCACGACAGAAUACACACUGGGGAACGACCUUUCAAAUGCGACCAAUGCAGUUAUGCCUCCAUCCAAAAAUGUGACCUGUCAGUCCACAAAAGGGUGCACAGUGGGGAGAAGCCACACAAAUGUAGCCACUGUAGCUUCGCCUGUAAACGUAAACGUGACUUGUUAGCCCAUGAAAGGACACACAAAGUUGAAAAACCAUUUAAAUGUGAACACUGUGAUUACACCAGCAACCGCAAACGAGAUCUGUUAAUCCAUGUUAGUCGCACACACUCUUUAAUAACUACCAAAAAUGAUCAGAAUACUUACAAAUGUGACCACUGUAGUUACACUAGUCCUACUAGACGCAACUGGAAGAACCACAUCAGAAUAGUGCAUAUGAAAGUUAAACCUUACAAAUGCCAUAAAUGUGGUUAUGAAACUAGAGAUAAAAUUAGGUUUGGAACUCACGUCAAGAAACACACUGGGGAGCCAAUCGAGUUGCGUUAUAAAUGUAGUCAAUGUAAUUACGCUACUGACCAUAAACAUCAUAUGUUAGGCCACCAAAGAACUCAUUCAGGUGAGAAACCUUUUACAUGUGUCCACUGCAGCUACGCUACGGCCUAUAGACGUGAAUUGUUAGCCCACAAAGCUUUACACAACGAAGAAAACCCUUACAAAUGCAAUAAAUGCACGUACGCAUGUGGCAGUGAGAGUAAUCUUCGAAACCAUGAAAGGACACACAUUGGUGAGAGCGUGAAUAAACUUGCAGACACUCAAAAACCUGUCUGUUCAGAACAGAGUUAAAACUAUUUGGAAUAU